AUGUCUCGUACAGCUGUCCACUUGAACGUGUUCACUUCCACUUGUCUCGGCAAGUAUAGCUGUCCACUUGAACGUGUCCACUUGAACGUGUCCACUUCCACGUGUCUCUGCAAGUACAGCUGUCCACUUGAACGUGUUCACUUCCACUUGUCUCGUAUAGCUGUCAAAUCGAACGUCUCCACUUCCACGUGUCUCGCCAAGUAUAGCUGUCCACUUGAACGUGUUCACUUUCACGUUAUAGCUGUCCACUUGAACGUGUCCAUUUCCACUUGUCUCGGCAAGUAUAGCUGUCCACUUGAACGUGUCCACUUCCACGUGUCUCGCCAAGUAUAUCUGUCAAAUCGAACGUCUCCACUUCCACGUGUCUCGCCAGGUAUAGCUGUCCACUUGAACGUCUCCACUUCCACGUGUCUCGGCAAGCAUAGCUGUCUACACGAACGUGUCCAUUUCCAUGUGUCUCGGCAAGUAUAG